AUGAAGGAUAUUGUUAAGCAUGUGGUGCUAAAGGCCCACCCGUGUCCGGAGUGUGGCAAAUCCUUCAGCAAGAAGGGAAACCUGAAGAGACACCAGUGGAUCCACACAGCAGGUGAGCUCUUCACCUGCAGGGAGUGUGGCAGGCACUUCACCACCCAGGGCCACCUCAGAGCCCACCAGAGCAUCCACACGGGAGAGAGGCCCUUCUGCUGUGGGGAGUGUGGGCACUGCUUCCACCUGGAGAUAUGCCUGGCUGCCCACCAGAAGACACACAGCAAGGGUGGUCCCUACCUCUGUGCCCACUGUGGCAAGAGCCUGAGCACAAAGAUCUACUUCAACAUCCACAUGCAGACGCACGCAGAGAAGAGGCCAUUCGCCUGCACUGAGUGCGGGAAGAGCUUUGUGAAGAAGGGGACUCUCACCACCCAUAGGGAUAUCCACAAGUGGGAGAAGUCCUUCAAAUGCUCUGACUGCAGUAGGUGCUUUGGGCAAAGUGCCACGCUGCUGGCCCACCAGAAGAUCCACCUCUGUGGGGGGCCUUUAAUUUGUACUGAAUGUGGGAAGAGCUUGAGCACCAAGAGGUAUUUCAGUGUCCAUCAGAGGAACCAUACUAAGCAAAAGCUGCUCAAGGGACACAUCAGUGAUGUGCCUUUCCAGGUCAUCCAAAUUAAAGAAGAGCCUGAAUUUACCUUCAGGUCAGAAGAGAAUAUGUUAGAGAAUACUUCCCAUGAAGGAGAAGAAGCCCAGGGGUGUGGCAUGCGUAGAAACUCAUCUAAUCCAAAAAGCCCUCCUUGGAAAAUCCAGAAGGAACUGGAAGCACCCACUCAUGACACUAUAGCCUGCCAGGAGCUUAACAACAAGGAAGAGCCACGAGAAAACCCAGACUAUGGAAAGUUCUUCAGUCCACAGGGGAGACAGCCUAAAAAGGAAGAAGAUGCUAAUGUGCAGCAUGAACAGGAGGUCCCUAUAGCCAGUGACCAGGUGUUCCAUCUGAAGGAAGAACCACAGGAAAGCAUUGAGUUUGGGAUGCAUUCUGGGCAAUCAAACCUCAGUGCUGUCCAGAGGAUGCAGAUUAAAGAGGAACAUGGUGUGAAAGCCAACUACCAGGAGGGACAGAGCCCAGAGAAGAAGCAGAAGAAAUGCUAUCAGCUCAACAAAGAAGGAGUGUUGGAGAAUCGGGAGAAAGCCAUAGGCAAGAAAGAUGCCUCAGCAAAAGGAGCUCCCAAGGGCGAACAGAUAUUCCCCUGUCCUGAGUGUGGGAAGAGCUUCAAUCAGAAAUCCAACCUGACCAGACAGGAAGAUCCACACAAGUGA